AUGGCCUUUCCCGGGACUGCGACCAACAAUGUGACCCUGGUCAUCCCCCCAUACUGCCCUGAUGACACUCAUAGGAAAUUCCCAAGAAAGAAUGAGGCACUAGGGGCCAUACAGAUCAUCAUCGCCUUAAUACACCUUGGCCUCGGGGGCAUCUUGUUCUUCUCCUCAAAAGAAUCUGUCCCGCUGUGCAUGGCUUCCUGGUACCCAUUCUGGGGAGCAGGACUUUUCAUCAUUUCUGGGUCCCUCUCAGCUGCAGCUGCAACUGCAACGAAUAUCACAGAGGGUCUGGAGGCAGGCAGCAAUAUGUUGAAUGCCAUCAGCUUCCUUGCCUCAUUAGCUGGAGGAAUAAUGUUGGGAAUUGAUUUGAUUAAUAUUUGCAUUCUAAACAAGUAUAAAGUUUCCAUCCCGAUUUUGGAUAAAAUCCGCUUAGUCAGCUUCCUUCUCCCUCUUCGCUGUGAAGAAAGCCCCAUCCCUUGGGACUACUGUCAGAGCAUCGGUUCUUACAAGACGGGCAUCUUGGCCUUGAUGCUGAUCUUCUCUGUAAUCCAGAACAUCGUUUCUAAAGCUGCUGUCUCCUCCGACUCGGAUAAAUCACAGGAUCAUAAGGCAGAGCAAGUGUUUCCUUUGCUGUUACCCCCACAACCACAGUUCAGCAAUGGAACCAGUCCUCCAUGGCAGUAG